UUUGAUUACUGGUUCUCCUCUCGCCGGAAAGUUCGUUAACUUGCUUUAUUUUUUUGUGUUCUUUCCCCUUGGUCCACCAACAUUCUCCCCAUCCUCGAUCUGCUCCCGAUCCACCUCUUCAAGACUCUAUAUAUAAGUGUUCACGGCCUUUCUGUUUCUUGUGACUUCUCGCCUUCUCCGUCUCGAGCGCACUGCAGCUGUGCCCUGGCAAAGCAUUUAGAGCUGCAGAUCUCCUCUCUUAUUUCCCCAUGGCGAACUCUAUCGCUGCCUUUCUUACCACCCUCUGCGGGCUCUUUGCCCUUGUCUUUCUCCGGCCUGCCAGUGCCGCCUACGUCAUUACUAGUUAUGGUGCUAAGCCCGAUGGCGUGAGCGACAGCAGCGGUGCUUUCCUCAAGGCCUGGAAUGCGGCGUGUAACUCCGCCGGACCUUCAACUGUUUAUGUGCCGGUUGGAAGGUUCCUCUUGCUGCCGGUGGAGUUCUCUGGCCCUUGUAGGAGCCGUAGUAUCACCGUGAGGAUCGAUGGCACCCUGGUGGCGUCGGGGGAUUACUGGCGGCACAGUGUGGCUGGGCACUGGCUACUGUUUGAUAGUGUUGAAGGUGUAACGAUUGAAGGAGGGACUCUGGAUGGCCGGGGAUCUGCCUUGUGGGCCUGCAAGGCUGCUGCCGGAAACUGCCCUGAUGGAGCUACGUCUCUCUACUUUAACAAUGCAAAGGACGUUGCAGUAAAAGGCCUCGCGUCCAUCAACAGCGAGCUCUUCCAUAUUGUGUUCCUUGGCUGCGUGGGAGUGAACGUAGAGAGAGUGGCUAUCUCGGCCGCCGGCGACAGCCCCAAUACGGACGGCAUACAUGUGGAACGAUCGUCCAGGGUUUCCAUUACAAACACGAGAAUACAAACCGGCGACGACUGCAUAUCGAUCGGUCCGGGUGCACAAAACCUAUGGAUCGAGCAGGUCUCAUGUGGCCCAGGACAUGGCAUAAGCAUUGGAAGUCUGGGCAAGGACGCUACAGAGGACGGGGUUCAGAAUAUCACGGUGAAAAAUACUGUAUUCAGAGGGAGUCAGAAUGGCCUGAGAAUCAAAACAUGGGCGAGGAAGAGCACCGGCUUCGUUCGAGGCGUCGUCUUUCAGACUGCCACCAUGCAGAAUGUGAUAAACCCCAUUAUAAUCGACCAGAACUACUGCCCCCACUACAAGAACUGCCCAAAUCAGCACUCUGGCGUGAGGAUAUCGGGAGUGACAUACAGCAACAUCAAGGGCAGUUCGGCGACGCCGGUCGCCGUCAAGUUCGCCUGCAGUCCGGCUGCACCAUGCAAGGCGAUCAGGUUGGCGGAUGUUAAGUUGAUGUACCAGCAACAACCGACAAAAUCAUCUUGCCAGAACGUCGUGGGGACUGCUAGCGGUCUGGUGGUUCCACCAAGCUGCUUUUGAGUAGAGAUAUUAGCUUGAGGGGCUGGCUUAACUCAGUGGGUACUGUUUAAGUUAAAGAUUGGUCCUGUAUCAUAUUAGAGCCCGGUAGGCAUGGAUACAGCCCUGGGCUCACCCGCUGGGUUAGUUCUCCCUGGUUUUAUAGCUCUAGACAACUACAUACCACAUAUACACACAUACAUUUGUAACCAAACUUUAGGGAAUAUAAAUAUAUGAAAUUUAUUAUUACAUA